AUGGGCAACCGCUUCGCCCUAGCCCAACCUCAACGUGAUCUCCCCCAGCUGCUCACCAGCAGCGCCCUGCAGGAAAUCUUCGGAAGUCGCAGUCCGCCAAUCGCAGCUGGAGGCCCAGGCCAUCCCGGACACAGAACAUCCUGUGGGAGCGUCUGCCUCUUUGGACCCCAGAUCGACCGGACGGUGGAGCGGAAAGCAGGUGGAGCUUCGGUGGCGGCCAGUCAGCAACAACAGGACGGAGAAGAGAUGGUACUGCCUAAGGCUAAGGCCCAUCAGCGCCGGUUUUGUGCUUCUUCAACUCUCUGA